UCCUGCUGCUCUCUCAACUCCUCACCCAAAAACACGCACACACUAUUCUCAAGCUACCCAACAAAAUCCUCUCAGGCGUCCGUCUCACAUUCAAUCAGCUACCAGAACUUUAUAAGCAAAGGGACCAUCUAGAAGCAGCAAAUAUGUCAAAAAAGGGCUUGAUGGAGCAGGAUCUGAGAAAAUUGGAUGUAACUCUGUUACAUCCCCUCUCGCCGGAGGUUAUAUCUCGGCAGGCCACUAUAAAUAUUGGUACCAUAGGCCAUGUGGCCCAUGGGAAGUCAACAGUUGUCAAAGCAAUAUCAGGCGUUCAGACUGUUCGUUUUAAAAAUGAGUUGGAGAGAAACAUUACUAUUAAACUGGGAUAUGCCAAUGCUAAGAUAUACAAAUGUGAAGAUGAAAACUGCCCACGACCUAUGUGCUACAAGGCAUAUGGAAGUGGAAAGGAAGACAGUCCCAUUUGUGAUGUGCCUGGCUUUGAAAACUGCAGGAUGAAGUUGCUGAGACAUGUGUCUUUUGUUGAUUGUCCGGGUCAUGAUAUUCUCAUGGCUACCAUGCUUAAUGGAGCAGCAAUUAUGGAUGGAGCAUUACUUCUCAUAGCUGCGAAUGAAAGCUGUCCCCAACCACAAACUUCUGAACAUCUUGCUGCUGUUGAAAUCAUGCGUCUUCAACAUAUCAUAAUUCUUCAAAACAAAGUAGAUCUAAUUCAGGAGAAUGUUGCUAUUAACCAGCAUGAUGCUAUUCAGAAAUUCAUUGAGGGAACUGUUGCUGAAGGUGCACCGGUGGUUCCAAUUUCUGCACAGCUGAAAUAUAAUAUUGAUGUUGUGUGUGAGUAUAUUGUGAAGAAAAUACCUAUUCCAGUGAGGGAUUUUGUCUCACCACCAAAUAUGAUUGUUAUCCGAUCUUUUGAUGUUAAUAAGCCUGGGUUUGAGGUUGAUGACAUAAGAGGUGGUGUUGCUGGUGGAAGUAUACUGCGGGGUGUUUUAAAGGUUAAUCAAACUAUUGAAGUUCGUCCUGGUAUUGUUCUUAAAGAUGAUAGUGGGAACAUCAAAUGCACACCCAUAUACUCUAGAAUAGUUUCAUUGUAUGCUGAGCAGAAUGAGCUACAGUUUGCAGUUCCAGGAGGUUUAAUUGGUGUGGGCACAACUAUGGACCCAACUUUGACUCGUGCUGAUAGGUUAGUUGGACAAGUUCUUGGGGAGGUUGGAUCACUCCCAGAAGUUUUUGUUGAGCUUGAGGUGAACUUCUUCCUUCUGCGAAAACUACUGGGUGUGAGGACAAAGGCCUCAGAGAAGCAAGGAAAGGUCUCAAAGCUAGCCAAGCAAGAGAUCCUAAUGUUGAACAUAGGAUCCAUGUCAACUGGGGCUCGUGUCAUUGCCGUGAAGAAUGACUUAGCAAAGCUGCAACUGACUUCGCCGGUGUGCACCAAGAAGUCAGAGAAGAUUGCACUUAGUCGAAGAGUCGAGAAGCACUGGCGUCUGAUUGGGUGGGGUCAGAUUCAAGCUGGAACAACACUCGAGGUCCCACCCUUUGAAGGAUUAUAAACAGGUAGACACAAGAAGCAGAAAACCAGCGAAGAGUGUUUAGGAAGAGUAAACUGAAAAUGUGGGAAGGUAGACAAUUUCUCGGAACCAUUUUUGUUAGGUGGAGAAGAAAACAUUGUUUGGAUUAUGGAUUUGUUGGUGUGAAUGUUUCUUCAUUUCCUCGAUUUUUAAUACUGGUAACUUGUACUGAUACCUUAUAUUCUUAAUAUAUGUUUGGGUCAUUU